UUGGAUAUGGUUAUGUCCUUCUGAAAUUUUUAUUUGUCUACUACCAAAUGGGACGAUAAAGGAGAAUGAAAACGUUGGCCAUACAACCAUGGGUGCAUGCCGAAGUAUGAAACGAGUUUCUAAUCGAAACUUUGUUACGAUAUGUGUGGUUUUUAUGGUAACAUACUUUCUAAUGAAAAGAUUUUUGCAAGAAGAAAAAACAACGUUGAGAAAGUACGAAAGCGACCUGCAAAUCCAAACAGGGAGACAGAAACCGUCGCAAUGUGAAACCAUCCAUGUUUUUCUCGUGUGCACCGGAUAUAAAACUGUUAAAGAUAUGGUAGUACUUGUUAAGUCGAUACUCUUCCAUAGAAAAGAUAGUUUACAUUUCCAUUACCUCGUGGACAACGUUUCAAAGCCGAUAUUGAAGGAGCUUUUUAGAAGUUGGGACAUACCAGACCUAAAAGUUUCAAUGUAUGAGGAUAUAGCUGUAUUAGACGAUGUAUCCUGGCUACCUUUUACGCAUCACUCUGGAAUCAACAGUGUGUAUAAGCUGGCUAUUCUUAAAGUAUUACCGCUGUACAUAGACAAGGUAAUCGUUCUUGACUCAGACAUGGUGUUUGCAACAGACAUAGCAGAGUUAUGGUUACAGUUUAGGCAUAUGGAUCAACAACAAGCAUUUGGAAUGGUGGAAAACCAGUCCGAUUGGUACCUUGGUACUUUGAAAUUUGAAUACGUUGUUUGGCCAGCUAUUGGGCGUGGGUUGAAUAGUGGAAUGAUGUUACUUGACUGCGAAAAACUUAGACGCGCAAACUGGGAUUCAGAAUGGAAGGAAACAGCACAGCAGGGAAUUAAACGUUUCAAGACAGUGCCGCUUGCUGACCAAGAUGUUAUCAAUUUAUUUCUUGUUAAUAACAAACAUAUGCUGUAUAAACUAGAGUGUAACUGGAAUUUUCAGCUUCCAUACGAACGAAAAAUGGAACUUUGCUAUAACGACCAUAAGCAUAAUGUUAAAAUAGUCCAUUGGAACAACGUACGAAAGCAUGACAUUAAUUCGGACCAAAUUCAAGGGUUGACGAACUUGUUUACAAUCUUUUUGGAAAUGAAUAGCAUGUCGUUACGUCAUCAAGCACCUGGUUGCACUCAGCGGGGUGAAGUCAAGCUUUAUGCAGACGAUAAUUUAACCAAAGAAACCGAGAUCUGCGACAAGUUCACAGCUCAAGCCUCAUCGAGGCAUAGAACUCACAUCUACUAUCUUCCUUUCAAAUACCAAAACAAGGACUCGCGUGAUAUUACUUUAGUAACCCACCUACAGCUCAAAGAUAUGCAGACAUUCGAAACGCUUUGUAAAACAUGGACAGGACCUAUCAGCGUAGCCAUUUUCGUAGCCGAUCGCGAAACUGACCAGUUGGAACAUUUUAUAGACUCCUCGGAUAUUUUAAAACAGCGAGACAACAUCGGUUAUCAUCUGGUUUUCAAUGGAGUAAACGAACAAGUGCCACCGAUCAGUUAUUUACUAAAUACAUCUGCCAGCCAAGUGUUAACCGAAUAUCUGUUAAUUUAUGACGUAAAAUAUCAGCAGGCGCAACAACUGUACGAUAUUCUUUACAACUAUUUUUCAAAAUUCGAUGUUUUAAGUUUGGAAAGCGUUUACGUUUUGCCGGUAUUUGAAACCACUAGUAAUGUAUUAGAUUCUACACCAAACACAAAAGUCUCAAUCGUUAAACAAAUUGCUGUUGGGGAAAUCAAGUAUUCCAAUGACCAGCGAGCCAAUUCGUUCGAUAUUGUACGCUGGGCUACUGCGACAACGCCGUAUUUAACAGAUUGGAGAAACAUCGGUACACCGAUCAUUUUCGCAUUACGAAAGCAGCAUUUUAUGCAACUUUUUGACGGUUUUCUCGAUUCUGAUCGAGCGAGAAUUGCACUGGGAAUUGAAUUAGACGCUGUUGGGUAUAAGUUCUUCGUUUUACCAACAGCUUUUGCCGUUAGUAACUCAUUGUACCCUAGUAAUCGCAAUUUAUACUCCAUUGAUAUUAAGCAUUGUACAGAAAUCACACAAGAUUUGUUUUUUGACUACCUCAAACGAAAAUAUCCCUCUUUUAACCGUACAAAAUACCUUUAUUAGUUAUUGUUUUAUACGUGUGUGAAUAUAACUCGGGAAAUACACGUUUGAAUUUUAAAA